AUGUCGUCCUGGUCUUCUAUCGUGAAAGCUGCUUCUCGCAAAAGACUCGCCAAGUCAAGUGACAAGCUGGUCGCCUUAACGCAAUGGCGUGUAAGAGAUGGAGAACGAUAUGUUGACCAACCAUCACGCAGAGCUGUUUCCCAUCGAGCACCUUCUUGGUCAUGGGCUGCAAUUGACGGCGCAGUAUUUUGUUCUGGUCGGAGUUCUGCUGAUGGUGAUUGUGUUGAAUCACGGAUGUUACCAUUGAGCCACUAUAUGCUAAUAAUCCUUGCGGUGAAAUUAAGUAGGCAUACAUCACACUGGAAAGAAUCUUAA